AGAAUUUCCCAAAAAAAAAAAUAAUAAUAAUGUCUUCCUUUAGUCGAGUCCCCUUUGACCUUUGUCUCGGCGAAGUUCUAUAUAAUUCUCGUCUGAAUCAGAGUAUUGAAGCACAAGCCAGAGUCUCCAGAGCGCACAAGAAUCUCUUUAAUGGCGACCGAACCGAAACAAGCGACUGACGAUGUGAAGAUCGACCUGUUUGAGGAUGACGAUGAGUUUGAGGAGUUUGAGAUCAAUGAAGAGUGGGAGGACAGGAACGAAACAAAUGAAGGGGCACAACAGUGGGAAGAUGAUUGGGAUGAUGAUGAUGUCAAUGAUGACUUCUCACUGCAAUUGAGAAGGGAACUGGAGAGCAACAACGAGAAGAAGUGAGCGGACUUAGUCAAGUUGUUGCAGCUAACAGUUGUUCUUUCCAGAAAUGAUGAUUAUGCUUUUUAAACUUUCAUUGGUAUAUUCUAUAUGUCCAAAUUUACUUUAAACUUGGAGGCUGCUAUUGCAUAGUCUUAUGGUGGAAUGUUUUAGGCUUUUGAUUAAUUGAAGUUCUGUUAACUGUGCA